GUUUUUCUCAGAACUGCAAUUGAGAGAAGGGAAACUGGUGUGAAGGACCUCACUGACUUGGGGUGCUAGCCAUGGGAAACAGCGUAGAUUGUUGUUACAACUCGCGCUGGUCUUACCAGUGCAUUUUCCCUUGCAUUCGUUUUUGUACAUACACAGGACGUCGGGUCUUUUACAACUAUGACGGAAUGGAAAAGGUUCAACCACUCGUCCAUAUUUACCACCCCCGGAACGGGCGCGUUCACUCUCUUCCAGAUGCUCUCUAUGGCAUUGAUGACGACGAUGAUAUACAAAAUCAAAUCAAAAGCCAUAAAGGGCUUGACGGCGCUGGUCAGAUCGCGGCGUUGUGCAAGUAUGCAGCGGACAAUGGUUACACCAUUCGCGCCGUGGGCACAGGUUCCUCUUGGUCUCGUCUCACCCAUACUAGAGACAUACUUGUGGUCAUGACUGAUUUGAACAAGAUUCUCACGGUCCCAAAGAUAUUGGAGGAUUCACAGUCGGAGGAUUCAGAAAUGGAAACAACGGAAAUGAAAUAUGAAGUCGAAGUACAAGCCGGGAAACGCGUUGUAGAUUUUGUCGAGGAACUCGACCGGGAUCAUCACAAGGCGCUCAAGAUGAUGGGCAACUACGCAGGCCAAACGGUUGGAGGAGUGGCGAGCACUUCCACUCAUGGAUCAGGAUGGUUCAGUGGAACAAUGUCCACUUUUGUGGUGGGUCUUCAUUUAAUCGUACGUGGUGGAAUCCAAGUGAAGGUACGUGGCGGCCCUGAAACCAUUGCGGAUUGCGAAGCAAAGAUCGAUGGAGCCAAAUACGGAGACGACCCAGUCGAGAUCAAAAGUAGUGAGGUGUUAAAGGCAUGUCAAGUAGGGUUAGGAUGUAUGGGGGUGAUCUACUCCAUUACAUACAGCUGUGUUCCCAUGUACAAGCUGGAGGAAAUCAGAAAAACGGAACAGGUCUCUUGGCCAGAAGUUAGGACGGAAGACGACGAAGGCAACAACGACGGUGACGAUGCGUUAAUAGGAAAGAAGUUGCAAUUAGGGGAGGUUCUUAAAAAGUUUGCUAAAAUGUACAAGACGAAAGAUGCAGAAUAUUUCUCGUUUUUCGUCAAUCCAUACCCGCAAGGACCAAGGAAUGACAAGCAUAUUGAAAUGGCUUACUUGAAAGCUUUCAAAACAGAUCGUAAACCAACCUGCCGUGCUUGUUGCUCAUGCUGUUGUAAUUGUUGCGGGGGAAGAGGAAUAGCGGACCUAGGCUGCAUGCAGUCAGACUGCACAGCCUCUUGCCUUCAGGGAUGUGCCAAUUGUUGUCCCACUAGUAUUCCACAGCUCACCAACUUCGGUGUGUCACAGUUCUCGUUCGAAAAACCGUAUCGGCAGACAUGGUACAACGUGCUUCAGUUCACGAAAGGCAAUAUCCACGUUCGCACAGCAGAAUGGUGCUUACCGUUGGAACACCUCCAUAGUGCCCUGACCAUGGUGAUAAAACUGGCUCAAGAUUACGCAGAAAGGCAUAAACAGUAUUCUUUGCUACCAAUCUAUGUGAGACUUGCACGUUCUGAUGAUUUGUUCUUGAGCCCUGCAAGCAAGUUUAGACCUGACGGAACUAUAAAUGAUCACAACUGUUACAUUGAGGUACCAUUUCUCCCUGGAGCAUUCGGCAUUGACGAGUUUCAGGAGACGGUAGAGAACAAGCUAUGUGAGGAGUUCAAGGCAAGGCCACACUGGGGAAAGAAUAAUCGCCUCAACCAGUCUAAGAUCGAGGCGAUCUACCACAAGGAUAGCCUGGAAAAAUGGGGGGAAGUGUACAGGAUAUUUAACAAAGGAGGACCGUUUGAAAAUCUCUUCACACAUCAUAUGGGUUUUGCUAAGUUGUUUGAUUAUCCAAUCGAUAAGCAGCCUUCUGCCUAAGAAGUAACGUUUCAUUACCUUAUUUUGUCGCUCUUAAGUAUAGGAAGAAGCGCAGUAGUUUAUAGGUAGAAUUCUCAUAUGUAUACACUGGUUGACAGUCUUCGGUAAUCAACGCCUAGAAAACAACAUACUAAGAUGUGUUACCAGAUGACCUGGAAUAACCUAGGACUACGAGCACUAAGAUGGAACCGGCCAAUCAAAUCGUGCCAUUUAAUCCUUUAACUCCCGUGAGUGACCAAGACAGAAGUUCUCCUUACUAUAUCUGUAAAAUACCAUGCAGACAAGUGAUGGGAAUAAAGAAAAAUAUCAAUUAUAGAAUUACUAAUUAACUGAUCCGAUACUAAAUUCUCUGAACUAACAUUAAAAGAACUGUAUGGUUGGCAGUAAGGAGAAUUGCAAAUUUGAUCUGGGAGUUGAAGGGUUAAGAAUCAUCUUCUAGAGUGUCUUACAUAAUAAAUGUAACCCAUCAGAGCAAUGUAUAAAAGUUGACUUGAUAGAGCUAGUGGGGCAAAAUCGAUUGAUAAUAGAAUUCAAUUUUACAACUUGGCAGAUCUGACCAUUGCCGUAAAAAGAACUGAAAUAGCCAAAUAGAAAUUCAUAACUAGCACUCUUAAAACAGUUUGUUUCACUGAUAGUUUUAAAAUGAACAGAAGUUAUUGUUUAUUUGCCGCUAUUUGAGGGGGUUUCAUGCAGUUGUAGCUAAUGUAGCCUUUUUUCAGUUUCAUUCUCUUGACAAUAUUUUGCAACUAGUUGUAUCUGUAGAAACCAAUCCCCCUCCUAGCCCCAGUCCGGGCGGCUAUCUAUAUAACUUUGACUUUCGCGCGGAUCAAGCAAAUGUAAUGGUGUUAGCUCGAGUAGAAGGUGAUCGCUUAUGCAGCCGUAUUCCAAAAUCGUUAGGUAAAUUUCUCUAUGUUAUACGUAUUUCUUGUUAUUUCCAAUCUUGUAAUUGGUCGUUCCGUUCGUGAUGUAUUAUGUUCGUAAUACAUUACUUAGAAACCACUGGCAAUUAAUGGCGUGUAAAUGGAGGAAUUCGAUCGUGUCGUCAAGAAAUUAAACUCCUCUUAAAUUUAUUGCUGAUGCGUUGGUUACAGUAUCUUUCUGGUAUAACAAGGAAUUAUUUGUUCAAACGUUUGCCCUUAUUAAUUACUGUUUGGCCAAACAUUAGGUAGGACUGCGUGGUGGCCUAAUUUGCCUUGAUUAUUGGAUUGUGUUCUUGGACAAGACUCUUGCAUUGGCUCGAUUACAUAGCUUACAAACAAAUACAACUUUAUCGGGUCUCCAUUUUCAGGGCUUUUCACUCAGUUGUAUGAAUGGGUGCUAGCAAUUUAAUGAUAAACUCCUGGCUGACUGGUCUGAAUACGAACGUUGUGUGAUAGGCCAAUUAAAAUAGGAGGCUGCUCAGAUUCUACCUUGCCAAACAGACCCUUCAAUGUUGGUAUUAAAAGUCACACAAAUUUGAA